GUGCUACCUAACGUAAUGCAGUGCCCCUAUAUUUAAUGUUUGCCGGUGCAAUAAUUGUGCUUUAACGAGGGUUAAAUAUAAAAAAAAAGUUAUAAAAGAUUAUAUUUAGACAAGAUGCACGACUCGAAAAUGUCUAUCUUCAAAUAUAAAGGCACGUAACAUCGACUUUACCAUUGUGAUAAACUGGAUGGAUAAACGCAGCGAAUAACAAGUAACGUGCCAACGUGUUUUGGAGGUUUGGUUCGGAGUUCGGAGCUGAACGGAGUGCGAAAGUGAAUUAGGUUAGGAUUCGUUAAAGAUAACUUUCGCAAUUCUGUUUCCACUCUACGAUAACAGAAAAUUAUAUUAAGGUAGAAAAACAUGUCAGACACUUCUGACGAUGAAUUAAAUUGUGGCGAUCAAGAGAAAACAUCGUGGAUUUUAUAUAAAAAUCGCGAUGAGUGGAGUGACGUGACUCCUUUACCCCAGGAUGACGGUCCCCAUCCUGUGGUAUCAAUUGCAUAUUCCGAAAAGUUUAAGGAUGCCUAUGAUUAUUUCCGUGCCAUUCUGAAGUCAGGUGAAAAGUCAGAACGUGCUCUAGCUUUAACCGAAGCCUGUAUAUGGCUUAAUCCGGCCAAUUAUACCGUAUGGCAGUACAGAAGAGAGAUACUUAAAGCUCUAGAAAAAAACUUAAUUGACGAAUUAAAAUAUACCGAUCGAAUGAUAAAAUACAAUUCUAAAAAUUAUCAGGUUUGGCAUCACAGAAAAAUCAUUGUCGAAUGGCUGCAAGAUCCUAGCGAAGAAUUAGCGUUCAUCGAAACUGUUUUACGUAAAGACGCAAAGAAUUAUCAUGCUUGGCAACAUCGUCAGUGGUGCAUACAAACUUUUAAUUUAUAUGAUAAGGAGUUGGAAUAUGUAGAACAAUUGUUAAAUGAUGAUGUCCGUAAUAAUUCUGCUUGGAACCAGCGCUAUUUUGUAAUAAGUAAUACGACAAAGUUUGAGCAGGAAGUGAUAGACAGGGAAGUUGAUUUUGCGCUGGAGAAGAUCGAGUUAGAAAAAGGAAAUGAGAGUGCAUGGAACUAUUUAAGAGGAAUAUUGUUACAUAGCAAAGGCUUGGGUUAUAAUGAAAAAGUAAGACAUAAGUGUGAAGAAAUGUAUAAGGAAGGAUGUCGUACUAAUCAUUUAUUGGCCUGUAUAAUUGAUAUCUGCCAAGAAAGUCCAUCUGAUGAAACCCCGUCCUCUUUGUUUCAUAUUAAUUUUGCGUACGAGUUAUGCAAGGAUUUAGCGAAGAAAUAUGAUACAAUAAGAUGGCGGUAUUGGGAUUACAUAGCUAGCCAGCUAGCGAUAAAAUUGACUCUUCAGAUAACUAAAGCAGACUCUUCGGAUUAACAACCACAACAACCUUGUAGUAUGAAUUGUUCAAAAAAUUUUAGAUAACGUUUUACAUAUCAAUCUAUAUGAUUGAUAUAUUUCGGCCUCUUUUGCCUACAAGUAUCAAGUAUAUAUAUUGCAUGACUGAAAAAUUAUUCAGUUUAUACAAUUUCUUUAUGUUAAAACAAGAGACACACUUAUGAUUUAAAAAUAUAUAACUCUUAUAAUACAAUUUGUAAAUUAAAUUCUAGGAUUAUAUUAAGCACAAUGUGUAGAAUCAAGCUAUAUAUCUAUUAUGCCGAUAUUGUUAAUUUAAAUAAAAUAAUCUCUAUCAUUAU